GCGGAAGCAGCGGCGCUGGGCUGAGGGGUGGGGGGCAGAGUGCUAGCGCCUCGGCGGCAGCGGCGGGUCCGGGAGCCCGAGGACGCCGGCUCCACAGGCGGAGAGCGCACAAGAGCGAGCUCGAGGCGGCGCGGCGGCCACUCGGCGCAGCACUCAGGUGGAAAUGAGUUCUCAACAGUUUCCUCGGUUAGGAACCCCCUCCACCGGGCUAAGCCAGGCUCCUUCACAGAUAGCCAACAGUGGUUCUGCAGGAUUGAUAAACCCAGCUGCAACAGUCAACGAUGAAUCUAGUCGAGAUGCUGAAGUCACUGCCAGGGAGCACGUGGGUUCCAGCAGCUCCCUACAGUCCCGUGAAGAGAAGCAAGAGCCUGUUGUGGUAAGGCCCUAUCCACAGGUGCAGAUGUUGUCUACACACCAUGCUGUUGCAUCGGGCACACCUGUCACAGUGACAGCCCCGCCAGCACAUCUGACGCCAGCAGUGCCACUCUCAUUUUCGGAGGGACUUAUGAAGCCGCCCCCGAAGCCCACCGUGCCUAGCCGUCCCAUUGCUCCUGCUCCACCUUCCACCUUGUCACUUCCCCCCAAGCUUCCAGGGCAGGUUACCGUUACCAUGGAGAGUAGCAUCCCUCAAGCUGCAGCCAUUCCUGUGGCAACAAUCAGUGGACAACAGGGGCAUCCCAGUAACCUGCAUCACAUCAUGACCACAAACGUACAGAUGUCGAUCAUCCGGAGCAACGCACCUGGGCCCCCUCUUCACAUUGGAGCUUCUCAUUUGCCUCGAGGUGCAGCAGCUGCUGCUGUGAUGUCCAGUUCUAAAGUAACCACGGUCCUGAGGCCGACUUCCCAGUUGCCAAAUGCUGCUGCAGCUCAGCCGGCAGUACAGCACAUCAUUCACCAGCCAAUCCAGUCUCGUCCACCUGUGACCACCUCUAAUACCAUCCCUCCUGCUGUGGUAGCAACUGUGUCGGCCACCAGAGCUCAGUCUCCAGUGAUUACUACAACAGCAGCCCAUGCCACUGAUUCCGCACUUAGUCGGCCAACUCUGUCUCUCCAGCAUCCACCGUCUGCAGCAAUUAGUAUUCAGCGUCCUGCCCAGUCACGGGAUGUAACAACAAGAAUCACACUGCCAUCUCACCCUGCGCUAGGGACGCCAAAACAGCAGCUCCAUACCAUGGCUCAGAAAACGAUCUUCAGUACUGGCACACCAGUGGCUGCAGCAACGGUAGCACCUAUUUUGGCAACCAACACCAUUCCUUCCGCAACCACAGCUGGAUCGGUGUCACACACACAAGCUCCCACGAGUACAAUUGUUACCAUGACAAUGCCCUCACAUUCAUCCCAUGCUACGGCAGUGACCACCUCAAACAUCCCGGUUGCUAAGGUGGUGCCUCAGCAAAUCACACAUACUUCUCCUCGGAUCCAACCCGAUUACCCUGCAGAGAGGAGUAGCCUGAUUCCCAUUUCAGGACAUCGAGCCUCUCCAAAUCCUGUGGCUAUGGAAACCCGAAGUGACAAUAGACCAUCUGUUCCUGUUCAGUUCCAGUACUUUCUGCCAACGUACCCACCUUCUGCAUACCCACUGGCUGCUCACACCUACACCCCGAUCACCAGCUCUGUGUCCACCAUUCGACAGUAUCCAGUUUCAGCUCAGGCUCCAAACUCUGCCAUCACGGCUCAGACUGGAGUCGGGGUGGCGUCCACAGUCCACCUGAACCCCAUGCAGUUGAUGACAGUGGAUGCAUCCCACGCUCGACAUAUCCAAGGGAUCCAGCCAGCCCCCAUCAGUACACAGGGCAUCCAGCCAGCUCCCAUUGGGACCCCAGGGAUCCAGCCAGCCCCCAUAGGCACACAGGGCAUUCACUCAGCAACCCCAAUCAGCACCCAAGGACUUCAGCCUGCACCAAUAGGGACCCAGCAGCCUCAGCCUGAAGGAAAGACUUCAGCAGUGGUGUUGGCAGAUGGAGCCACAAUUGUAGCCAACCCUCUUAGCAACCCAUUCAGUGCUGCUCCAGCAGCAACAACUGUGGUGCAGACUCACAGCCAGAGUGCGAGCACCAACGCUCCAGCCCAGGGCUCGUCCCCACGGCCAAGUAUACUCCGGAAGAAACCUGCCACAGAUGGAAUGGCAGUUCGGAAAACCCUCAUUCCUCCUCAGCCUCCUGAAGUGGCUAGCCCUCGAGUGGAGAGCUCUAUGCGGAGUACGUCUGGGUCGCCUAGGCCUGCAGGUGCCAAACCCAAGUCAGAGAUCCACGUAUCGAUGGCCACUCCAGUCACUGUGUCUAUGGAGACCAUAUCCAAUCAAAAUAAUGAUCAGCCCACCGUUGCAGUCCCACCCACCGCUCAGCAGCCUCCACCAGCCAUUCCAACUAUGAUUGCAGCAGCUAGCCCCCCGUCACAACCAGCGGUUGCCCUUCCGACCAUUCCUGGAGCAGUUCCCGUCACUCCACCCAUCACCACCAUUGCCACUGCCCCUCCACCGCCAGUGGCUGUGGGCAGCAGUCUCUCCUCCGUUUUGGGCCCUCCUGUACCUGAGAUAAAAGUUAAAGAAGAAGUGGAACCAGUGGACAUCAUGAGGCCAGUUUCUGGAAAUAUCCUUCUAUGGCACCCAUAUUUAGCCUCAGCACUUCCGUUGAAAGGUACUGUGGAUAACCCUGGAGGAGAAAGGAAAUGGUCUCACUUUUGCUGUUCAUCUGCUCUUUCAACGUUCUGGAUACUUCCUCUUAACCUCUCGGUACUAGGAAGUUGGCAGUAGUCCUUCCUCAAACUGUAGGGCUCUGCACCGGCCUUUGUCCUGUAGGGCUCUGCACCAGGCACUGAUGAUACAACCUUGUACAAAACAAGCACAACUCCAUCCUCUUGGAACUUACCUUCUCGCAAGGGCAACAGACGGUAAAAUGAAGUAGAGACAAAAUAUAAGGGAAAGUUAGGGCUGGAGCUGUGAUUUUUAAGAAUGUUUUAAAGGAAAGGCCUUACUGAGGAAAUGAUCUUUGAGCAGAGACAUUAAAGAGAUGAAAUGCUGGCCAUGAGGAUAUCUGGAAGAAGGUCAUUUCAGACUGGGAGAGCAGUAAAUGUAAAAGCCUGGUGUGCUCAAAGAAUAGCAGAGGCAACAGCAGAUGGAGCUCAGUAAAUGAGGGGAGCGGGUUGGACAAGGUCAGAGAAACAGAGUCAAGACUGUGAGAGUCUGUGAGCCACUGUAAGGCCUUCGGCUUUGCUGAGGGAGGUGGGAGCUAUCAGAGGGUUCCGAGCAGAAGAGAGACUUGAGCUCACUUCCAUUUUUAACAGACCACUCUGGCUGCUCUGUGGGAAAAAGACUGGGAACAAGGGUGGAAUUAGGGAGAUGUGUUUAGAGCCUGCUGCAUUAAUUGCAGGGACUAGUGAAGGUUUCAGCCAGGGUAGUAGCAGUACCAGUAGUAUGAAGUGGUGAGAGUCUAGAUAUAUUAUUGAAGUAGAACUGAGAGGAUUUCUUUAUUAAGAUGGAAUGUUGUGUGUGAGGAACGGCAUCAGAGGCAACUAUAAAGUUUUUGGCCUUAGUGUAUGGAAGCAUAGAGUUGCUGGCAGUUGAGGUAGGGGAGGGUGCGGGGGGGGGGGGGCUCCAUUGUGUAGGGAGAGAUCAGGAGUUAGUUUUUAAUCUUAUCCAUUAAGUUAGAUCUUAAUGGAUAAGAUCAUCUGAGGAAUGAGCGCACGAUAAAAAACAGAAGCAGCUGUGAACUGAGCCCUGCGGCACUGCACCAUUUUGAGGAGGGAGAGGAGGCCGAAGCUAGCACAGGAGAUUAAGUGGAGGGGCCAGAGUGAGAGGGAGAAAGCGUAGAGUAUGAUGUCCUAGAAAGCCAGGACAAGGGUCAUGACUGAUGAGAGAUCAAGUAAGGUAAGAACUGAGCAGGACCAUUGGAUUUAGCAGUAUGAAGGUCAUGCAGAUCUUGAGAAGAGCAGUUUCCCCGUAAUGAUAUUGGCCACAGCAUGAUGGGAGUGGGUUCAAGAGAAAGCUGGGAAACAACUUAGAGACAGGGAGUAUAAACAGCACUUGAGGAGUUUUGUUAUAAAGCGCUAGAAAAAGGAAGGGCAAUAUCUGAAGGGAAAUGGUGCCAAGAGGAAGUUAUUUUUAAGACAGGACAAAUGAGUUUUGUAUGUUAAUGGGAGUGAUCCAGUAGAGGGGAAAGAAGUGAUGAUGCAGGAAAAAGAGAUGAAUUCCUGAAGCGAUCGAUGUCUGAGGAGGUGAGAGUGGGUGGGACCUAUUGUGUAUGUGAAGGAAUCUGUGUCUGCUGAAAUCACAGAGAGAAAGGAAGUGCCUGGUCACGAUGCAUGUAAGUAGGUAUAGCUGGUGGGAAUUUAUGGACAUUUCCUUCUGAUUAUUUCUAUAUUUUCCAGGGUCAUAGCUGAGGGUAGGGGUGAUAUAGGAGGUGUUGAGGGUGAAUGGACUUGGCAGAUGCGGGAGGAUCGUCCAGCAGCAAGGGCCUGCUCGAGGUCAGCAAGCAUGCUAACAGGACACCUGUGCCCGUUGCUGUGUGUUUUUCUCUGGCUACACUCAGCUGCACAGGUGCAAAGUAGUUGGAGAGUUGGAUUUAACCUGUUGUGCUUUUUGCUCAGUGAGUACAGUGAAGCAAAAGAAAGGACAAUAAACGAAUAAAGUGAAUAAAAUUAAUGGGAGAAUUAAAACCCAGUGAUAGGAGAGAGUGGACAUUUGAGGGAUGAGUGACAGCAAAUAAGUGGUAUGAUUAAUGGAUAAUAGUUCCUAAUGGGGUCUAGGAAUUAUUGGAGGCAAGUUACUAAGAGAAGUGACCUAGAAAGAUAGUCGGGCUAUCUUUGGGCUGGAAAGUCAGAUGCUAGAAAUUGAGAUGUGAUGACAGAGUGACGGGUAUGACUGUUGGGAGUGGGUGGCUGAGGAAGGGUGGAGGGAAAGGAUAGGCCAAGGAUAUAUGGUAUAGAAGAGUUGAGGUGAAGUUUUCUCAUGGUUUGCGUGUCCCCAGACACAUGAUCCAUACAAGCCCAAACAAAUGAUGUUAACAUUGUACUGAGAAUGCUGCUUAUCUGGGGGCAGUGGACUGUGGUAGUUAAAUCGUCCAGGCUCCGAAGCCAGACUGCCUCUGUCAGCUCCCAGCUGUCCCACUUCCUACUUGUGUGAUUUGUGCCACGUUUUCUCAUCUUUAAAUUGGGGCAUAAUAUAAUGCCGACUUGCUCAGAUUACUUUUAAGAUUAUAUUAGUUAAUGGGUUAUCUCCUAGAAAUCAAUGCUCAAAGGCUUGAAAAACAGUGGCUUGAACAUGUAAGGUUUUAUUGUCUCCCUUGAAGCGAAUCCUGAGGCAGACAGUCCAGGCAUGGUAUGUGGACUCCAUAAAAUCAUUAGGGAUCCAGGCUCCUAUCACCCCUAGCAUUUGACCCUCAUGCUCUUGAUUCAAGAUAGCUGCUGGAACUCCAGCUAUGCCAUCUGAGUUCCAGGGUCACAGGAAGAAGACGAGGAGUGGGUUAUGCCUUCUUUCUUUUAAGGAAACUUCUUAAGAGUGCUACAGAGCACUUGUAUUUUCAUUUCAAAAGGCCACAAUGAACUGUAAGGGAGACUAGUAAAUAUGGUCUUCCAGCCAAGUGACAGUGUGUCCAUUUCAAAGUGAGGGGUGCUCGUGCUAAGGGAGGUGAAGAUGUGAGGUAUUAGAAAGCAGUUGGCAGCCUCUGCCACAGUUGGAGUGCUUAGCAUAGCGCUGGGCAUGUCGGAAGACUCCAUAAAUGUUAGCUCUUUUCCCUGUCUUCCUCAUCCUUCUCAUUGAUGGAAAUCAAGUGACACUUUCCACUGUGUUUGGGCUCUCAUGCAUGUGUGCACCCUUUUUCCUA